AUGAUGGCGGAGGGGGUUUCGGCAUCCAUUCUCGAGCAUCCCAACUUCAUCAUGGUGAAGCGCCAGAGCGGUGCGACGGGUAUGCGACGCAUGGUUGGAUGAGAAGGAAACACACACACACGCACGGCAAUAAGUCAAUGUGUCUUGUCCGUUUCUCUCCCUCUCUCUCUCUCUCUGUGUGUGUGUGUGUGUGUCUGUGAUCCCUCAGCAGCGAGUGCUUCAGGUGGAUAGCGAGGGAAGAGGAGACGUGCACGAAACGCUCAUCUGUAUCGGUGUCCGUGUGCUUGUGUGUCCUGCCAUCAGCGGGCAAGUUUGCGGGAGAGGAGCCGUCCGUGAGCUCCGAUGGUGCUGGGGGACUCAAGAGUACCACCUAUGAAUCAGGUAGAAGGAAUCACGAACCAUACAGAGGCGGUGCGCGCAUCAACCAAAGCAUCACUGUCUAUUCGUUUCUUUCAGUUUCUGAUGCGUCUUCGCCGUCUGCAUCGCAGAGCGAGGCCUCGGCUGGACACGCCGCACCCGCGAUGCGCCACGAACCAGGUGGGUGGGCGGCUGGGACACAUACACAUACACAUGCACCGCACGGAGCGAAUGCCGUUCAUUCCAUCAUUUUCUGUGUCUUUCGCUCAGGUGAGACCUACUACGCUGCAGACUACGCACUACCACCAGAGGAAAAUCCUUGAAGUACACCAACCAACCACAGCCCCCAACACACACAACACACACAGCUGUACACACACAUUGAAUGCAUUCAAACAUUCGGCACCGCACCGUAUCUGACUGGGACAUAGGAUGGGUUCAGUGAGCUAGGAUUGACUGCCUUUCAUGGGUCCGUGCACUCGUCCGUCCCAUGGACGGACAUUCGUACUCCAUCCACAUACAUGAAUGAGUCCUUACUUACUGCAGACAGAGAUUCUAUCUACUCAUCUAUCUAUAUCUUGCGAUGGCUGGCUGGCUGCCUGGCUGGCUGCCUGCCCGUUUUGCCUUUUAUUUAUUCGUAGCAUGCAUCGCCAAACGACCACCGACAUGUGAUUGGUGUGGACCAUCCGUCGAGUGUGUGCGCACCGCAUGUGUCGACACAUCCGUCAUGCACCCUUGACGGAUGUGUCGACGGAUGGAUGGAUGGGAUGGAUUCAUACUCACUCGCCUAUGUAAUUGUUUAUACUACUCACUCGCCCGCCCCCCUGGUUGGGCUGCCUGUCUGCCCUUCCCCCCUUAUGUCAAUACGUCGAUGUAUGUUCGCCCGACCAUUUGUCCGAAUGGCUGUUUUGUGUGCCCAUCGAGGGAGUUAUGGGAGCAUGAUAGAUAGAUGGAUGGAUCGCGCGACGUGCACUGCAUUCCCUCCGCCUGCUGCCUGCCUGCCUGCCCUCAGUGAGUGUGGCCCUUUUCGCCGACACACAGCACAGCUGACGACCCAACACACACACGGCCACAACCCACCACCGCCCGGCAACCAGGCAGCCAGAAGGAGGGAGGAGUGCAGGCGUGUCAUGGGUGUGUGUGUCCGGCUGUCUGGCUGGCUGACUGAUGUGGGUCUUCUCUCCUGGGUCUGCGUCGAUGCGCGGUGCCUGCUUCCCUUGCAAGCCGCGACGGAGGUACCAUGCAUCGACGCAGAGAACAAGGAAGGGGCCGCAUCAGUGCAUUGAAAGACACGAAACAUUGCCUAGAUAAUACAUAAAUAAACGCAAGCUUCUUCCCGG